AUGGCGUCCGUCGACGUCCCAACCACCCAAAAGGCCUUUGUGCCUCUAGAGAACAACCCCGAAGUAAUGUCCCACCUAGUACACCAACUAGGCCUCCCCCCAACCCUGGGCUUCACCGACGUAUUCUCAAUCGACGAGCCAGACCUGCUAGCCUUCGUACCCCGCCCCUCACACGCCCUCCUCCUCGUCUUCCCCGUCUCCCAAACCUACGAAUCCUCCCGCGAAGCCGAAGAUGCUACCAAGGAUGCCUACACCGGCUGCGGGCCCGCCGAGCCAGUCAUGUGGUUCAAACAGACAAUUAGAAACGCAUGCGGGCUGAUCGGGCUGCUGCACGCGGUGUCGAACGGCGAGUCGCGCAAGCACGUCAUCGCAGGCUCAGAUCUGGACAUCUUGCUCCGUGAGGCGGAGGCGCUGGAGCCGGUGAAGCGUGCGGAUCUGCUAUAUGACAGUAAGGCGUUGGAGAGCGCGCAUGCUGAUGCGGCGAAGCUGGGGGAUACGGCGGCGCCGCAGGCGGAGGAUCAUGUGGAUUUGCAUUUCGUGGCUUUUGUGAGGGGGCUUGAUGGGACGCUUUGGGAGCUUGAUGGGCGGCGGAAGGGGCCUUUGGCUCGGGGGGUUUUGAAGGAGGGGGAGGAUGCGCUCAGUGAGGCUGCGUUGGAGCUUGGUGUGAGGAGGUUCUUGAAGAUGGAGGCUCAGGGUGGGAAUCCGGAUUUGCGGUUUAGUCUCGUGAGCUUGGGGCCUCUGUUUGAUUGA